UGAGGCAAUUCCACAUUCUCUUAUGGGUUGCUCUCUGUCUUCUUUCUGCUAGUAAUAACAACAGUUGUAUUGACCGCUGAGUGUCCUCAAAGUUUUUGGUUCUAUAGGUAUCGCGUUGCAAAACAUCUCAGAUCAGCAAAGAGAAACGCCACGUACAAAAUUCUUAAACCUAUCUUAUGAUUUCUGAUUGAAUAUUUUUGAUUCAGAGAGGAUAAGGGAAAAGGAAAGGGGUGUUGUAAAAUUUACUUUCGAUCACUUUAACGCAUUUGCUACUCGUCUUUUGUCCAGUGUGCAGAAGUUUAUUACUUAUUAUUUUUAUUUUUGAAGAUGGACACUAGUAAUUGUUCACUGGAGGUUAAUAAAGAGCAAGAACUCAUCGUUCUCAUUGAAAAAUGUGACAAAAGUGUACAAUCGCCGCAACCGGAAAAGUCUUCGAAAUCAUAUGACUGUAAAUACUGUAAAACGAAUUUCAUGACUGCAGAAGAACUCGUUAAGCAUGGAGAUAAGUGCGACAUUCAAUUCAGAAUUUCAAUGAACACUGAGCUCAAACACGUUAGCAAACUUGUUGCUGAGAUUAAGAAUAGAAUAGUGCCCAAACCAAACUCGAUGGGAGAAUGUUAUUAUUGUCGUCAGAAAUUGUAUAGCGUGGAAGAAGCUUUUGGACACAGGAAAAAAUGCAAAGUGUAUCUAACGGGAAAAAUAGUAGAACAAAUGUACAGAAAUUUUAAGCAAAUGUUGGGUGAGGACUGGCCUCCAAGAAUAACACUGAUAUGUCUUUCUUCUCCUUCUAAGCCAUCACCGCCAAAAGAGAGUAAAGAGAAGGAACAUCAAGAACAACAGAAGUCUUUAAGAAAACGAGUAUUAGACACUGAUACUGAAAAGGAUCGUGCCACAACAUCUACAUUCACUCCGGAGACGUCUCCUCCUCCGUCGAAGAUUUGUCGAUCCAAUGACAAAGAUAUAACGGACAUUGAAACAAAACAAAUAACUACCACUGAUAGAAAAAUAUGUGAUGAUAAAAAAAAUGAAUGCGAAAAAGGAUCAUUUGAAUGUGUCUUCUGUACACGAAAAUUCCCAUCAGCGGAUGCAUUAAAACUUCACAUUAUGGAGUGUUGCAAAACAUACAACGUGUAAUACUUGUUUCCGAGUGUUACUGUGUAAUUUGACAUCGUCUGUAUGGAGAGUCACGAGCGCAUUUCUAAUCCGUACUUAGUAUAAGCAUUAUAAAGACUGAAAAUAUAACCAUUCUGAACUAAUGACGAGCUUGACAGGAUAUUGCCAUAAUAAUUAUUUAGUUCAAUAUAACAUAAAAUAGAAUGACACAAGAUGUACGGUCGACAAAAGAAAUCGCCACAUUUGACGAUUACUUUUACUUAGAUUUCAGUACAUGCGUUAUUGACUGUAGUCUGAAGUUAAAAUAUUUGAAAUUUGCUUGAUAAUAUUUUUUGAGAAGUACAUGUUUGAAGACACCUUGUAGUAUUCUAAAAAGUUCAUUGAGGUUAUAUGAGAUUCAUAUUUAAAGGGACGUCUACAAUAAAGGUAGUAAUGCUGUAAAAGUAAAGUUCUUGGAGUUAUUUCAUUUUUGUCUAUACAAGUAAUUAUUUCGCGUUUUCUAACACGCGUCUUUUAUUGGCUAAUAGUAAGACAGUAGGCAGUGCGAAAUGGGAAUUGCCCAUUUUGUUUUUUUUUUUGUUGUUAUUUCACCGAAAAAUAGUUUACUCCUACAGCCGUACUACCUUCAUUGCAGACUGGCUCUAAUGCUUCUUACUUCUUUUUACUCUACUUUGUUUUGCAUUCUCAGAUUAUUUUUUACUUAACUGAUAUAUUUAUGUACAUACAUGGUGUCCGACACUUAC